CGCGCAGAGAAUCUUUCGGUUACGACGGAAUCAACCAAUCGAAAGGUAGACUUUUCAUACCAACGCUAAGAAUGUAGAUAAAUUGGUUAAACUGCAGUGUCGCGUAUCUUCAAUCUGGCGAUCUGUCAAUUGCUUAUAACGAAGAAACAGCUGAUCCUUAUGAUCGAGAUACUGACAAAUUUUAUCCCAUCAACAAAGGUUACAUGUGACAUUUGCAAAGUAAAUACUGUACAUUUUCUUUACCAGUACUCCUCGCAUUUUUUUUCGACGAAUGAUAGCGUGGGGACAUUAUGGUAUACGCAAUGACUUGUACCGUAUCCCAAAAAAAUGAAUGCAACUCUACGGUGUUACUGGUUGCAACGCCUCUUUUUAUUUAAGUGUGCACCACAUUAAUGCAAUAAUAAUAUGCUAAGGUCAAAAGACUCUGACAGCGACGGUGUUACAACUAAUACCGUACGAGUCCAAGAAAGUUGUAGAGGAAAAAAAGGUGAUAAGGGACAUGAAGAAAGUAGUGGAUGCAUUCUAAAAAACGCUUUGCUUUCUAUACAAUCUGACGAAGAAGAUUUCUUGGAGAAAGAAGCAUCCAAGGUCUUACUUCUUCAGAAAGGAUCAGAUGUUGACGGUGAGUCUGCAACUAAUUCUUGGAAUAAUGUAAAUACAGAUUCGUCGGUAUCAUACGUCACUUCUAUUCCUAAUGGAAAAGAAUUUGUUAUUUUAACUGGUCUUGAACAAGUUAAUGAUAAAGCUGUGACUACGACUAAAGGACUGAAACUGUAUGAUAGUUUGAUCCCUUUUGAAAAAAAUUCUAAAAUUCAACAUAGUUCAAAACAGCACAAUAAGAUAAUAUUGUUGGGCGAAUUUGUGUCCGAACAAGAAGCAAUAAUUGGUAUUAAAAACGGGGAACAAACAGAGACUUCGAAAGAAAUAAAAGAAAGCAUGGAACAAAUAAAUUAUAAUACCAAAACAUUCGAUAAUAGUCAGUUUGAGAAAAAUGAGGCAGAUCUUAAGGAAAGUAAUAAUUGGUUGAAGAGUUUCCGACCUCUUCCUCUCUAUUAUACAGAACGUGGUAAACCUUAUUUGAAGUGUCCAGCCUGUGGUGCUAUGUUUUUCACAUCGACCUCAUUUCAAAAACAUCUUUUUACACAUAUGUAUAAGGAAAGAGAAGCAUAUACUUGCUCAUUUUGCGAAUAUACUAACACAGAACCUGGUAUGUUGUUCGCCCAUUUGUCAAAGCACCAAGAUCAGUGCGAAUAUUGCAAUGAAAAUAUAAUGCGCAAAAGUAAUUUUGAAAAACACUGGGGUAUUUGCUCUCUAAGUUUCAGUAUCAAGAGAGAUCGCAGAGGAAGAUUUGUAUGUACAAUGUGUAAACUAGUGUUUGAUUUGUUGCCCCAAUUAGAAAAACAUUGGUUUAAACAUGCUUGCAAAAAAAGGCGGACUUACCAGUGUAAAGAAUGUGGAGGAUUGUAUGGAAAUAAAACCAUAUUACAAAAUCACAAGUGUUUAAAGUGUCCCGUCUGUGGUGAAGUUUAUGAUAGCUUACAUAGAUUAAAGGCACACACAAUGUGGAUGAAACAUCAUUUGAAGUGCCUAAUUUGUUCCUACGAAUUUGUUCUCGCAAUGGAUCAUGAAAAACAUUUAGCUAUGCACAGACAGGCUUAUUUACCUAUGAAAGAGCAUGCUCAUUGUUUGGAAGCAGCCGACGGAAAAUCAUAUCAAUGCGAUCUUUGUGACAAAAUAUUUUAUGCUUUAACACGACUGAUAUUACAUGUAAAGGAAGAUCACGGAAUAGAGGACAUAAAAAGAGAAGCUAUUAAAGAGGAGAAGGAUGAGAAGGAGCAUAACGAGGCAAGCAGCAGAUUACACGUCGGUACAACAGUGUGGACAAGUACUUUGGCUGUGAAUCGCUACUAAUUGCUCCUGCGAAGUACGAAAAAUUGGAAUACAAAUGUGUAAUAAUUUUAAACAUACAUUUUAUACUCUUACGAAUAUAUAACACAUAAUUACGUUAUAGAAAUUAAAUCGUACUGUUGUUGAAACUCAAUAUAUAAAUGUCUAUGUUAAGAGUUAGUAAGUUCCCGAAUUUAUGAUAGAGGCACACAAAUUAUUAUUAUUAUUAUAAAUCAUAUUAAAAUGAUACGUUAAAUUUAUAAUUAUAUGCUUAUAAGCAAUGUAUUUAUUUUAUAAAAUUUUAUUCGGAAAAAAUAAUAUUAUAAGAAUUUGAUUUUAUUAAUUGUUCAAACAGGGUAGCUUGCACAAUGUCAAAUGCUUUAAUGAUGCUUCUCUAAUUUGUCUGUACCCUUGCGCAUAAAAAGGAGUGGGCAUCAAAAAUUUUCGAUUAUUAAAUAAUGUACUCUCAAAAUAAUAUACCGUUAUAUUAUUCUU